CCUAGUAACGGCGGCGGGGUGCCUGUAGCAACAGAGCCGCCAUGCCGGUGUGGCUGCGGGAGUACAGCUGGCGGCAGACCGGCUCCGCCGUGUACCUCUCGCUGGCCGUGCGCGGCGUUCGGGUCACCCCCGCCAACAUCUUCUGCACUGACCAGUACCUGAAGGUAAGCAUCCCUCCCUUUUUAUUUGAAGCCAUUUUUUAUGCUCCUAUUGAUGAAACAAACAGCACAGCAAAGAUUGGAAAUGGAAUCAUUUUCUUCACUUUGUAUAAAAAAGAAGAGGCCAUGUGGGAUUCCCUGACUAUAGAAAAUGAUAACAAGGAGAAACUGCAGUAUCUAAGAGAGAAUGCUGUUCUAAAAGCCCAUGAAAAGGCAAAAGAGGAAACAGAAGCAAAAAAAGUUACAAAACAGGAACACAAAAAAUAUGCUUUGGAGGCCACAAUGAAGCUAGAAGAAGCAGAAAGAAAAAGAAUUGAAGAUCUGAAAGAAAAGGAAAGACAGAAGGUCACAAAGGAGUUGGAGUUAUGGAAAAAACAGCAAGAAGAUGCUGAGAAACAAAAGAGGGUACAAAAAGGAGGGAAACUACAUCAAGAAGUAGAGCAACUAAAGGAGAGGAAAAAGGAAAAGGUGGACAAAACUAGGAUUCUUAAUAAAGGAACUUCUGAAACCAGACUCAAACCUACUAAAGGUCAUGGUUCCUACAGUAUGUUUUCAGAAAACUUAAAGGAGGAACAGUUACCAGCUCCUCGAUCUGCUGCUACAAUUAAAAUCAACUUUACAUCACGAGUUUUCCCUACAGCUCUGCGAGAAUCUCGGGUUGCAGAAGAGGAGGAGUGGCUACGUAAACAAGCAGAAGCUCGAAGAACAGUAAGUGAUGAUUUGUCUGAGCUGGAAGAUUUAGAAGAAGAGGAGAAGAAUCCAGAUUGGUUAAAGGACAAAGGAAACAAAAUGUUUGCAACGGGAAACUAUCUUGCAGCUGUAAAUGCCUAUAACCUUGCAGUGAGGCUAAACAAUAAACUUCCCUUGCUGUACCUGAAUCGUGCUGCCUGCCACCUGAAACUGAGAAAUCUACAUAAAGCUAUUGAAGAUUCCUCCAAGGCACUAGAACUGUUGACACCACCUGUUCCUGAUAAUGAGAAUGCUCGAGUAAAAGCAUAUGUGAGACGUGGAACAGCAUUUUGUCAGCUGGAAUUAUAUACUGAAGGUCUCCAGGAUUAUGAAGCAGCUCUCAAGAUUGAUCCUAAAAAUAGAACUAUAGAAAAAGAUGCUGAGAAGAUUAGACACCUGAUUCAAGGAACAACACCAGAUUCUUAAUUUAAAAAACAAAAAAGGUACUUUUUGACAGAGGUGCCUUUUAAGGGCAUCAGAAAGAAUCUUAGUUCUCUUAAUGUGCUGUUAACUAGACAUUUUUCUGUUUCAUCCAGAACACCUACAGAAUUGGUAAAAGAUUGGAUAUAUGAAUUACUAUUUUUUGAAAGUAUAGUAUUAUAACAAAUAUGAUUAUAUAUAUUCUAUAUAAUUUUGAUACAAAGUUGUCUUAUUUUUGCUUUCUGUAAAAUAUUGGUGGGUUGAAUAUUAAAAUAUGCUUUUGGGACUUGAUGUAAAGUUACUCAUAACUAAAUGAAAUAUUUGUCUGUAAAUAUCUACUGAAUCUAGACAGUGAGUUUUGAAACGACUUCAGUAGCUCUGUAUAGUCAACACCUGUUAACUUCUUAUCUUUCUCUUCUCCACCAAAGCUGAAACAGUUGUGUGUUUUAUGGUUAUGGUUAUCUGCUUUCCUCUCAUUGUUCAUAGUGUUUGGCACAUCUGAAACUAAGAUAGUGAAUUUAGAUAUUCUGGAAUCUAAUUUGGCAAACCUCUACCUGUAAGCAUAGAGGUAGCUUUUAUGUAGAACGUUCUUUUUAGCUUUAAGUAAUAUACAUUGAAUAUUUUCAGUUUUCAUAUUUACUUGGAAAAAUUUGUUUGGACUGACCAAACAAGGCAAGUGGAACAAUUAUAAACCUGUGGCAUUCUACUGUAGUGUAGCAGUAAAUUAAUCCUGUGAUAAAUUUUCCUAUCAAUGACUAUGACUGACUUCUUCCAGCCUGCUAUGGUUAGUAAUCUUAGGGUGUAGCUGUAAAGAAUAUUCUAAAUAAAACCACUGUUACUUGCAUGAGA